AUGGAAGAACAGGAUGAAAUGCAAAGAAAAAGUGCCACGGAGAAGAAGAAGGAAAAGGAGGAUAGGAAUAAAAAAAGGAACAGACAAAGGAGGGAGGAGCGAUUGAAGGAAGAAGAAGCCGUCUUGAUGAAACAGAAAGAGACAACGGUAGCCUAUUUGGCAAAUAAGGUAGCUUCCAAGAGGGGAAUUGUUGCCAAUCUAUGUUAUCCGACAAUUCUAAGAUAUCCGACAAUUCCAAGUGUGGAUACGUUCAAUGCAAAGCAAGUCAAGAAGAAGAAGGCGUUGCAAGUCCAAAACGAAUGA